AUGCACCGUGUCCUCACACGGGCUGCAGCGACCGCCGAGCUGAAACGUGUUGCAAACAUGUUGCAGAAGUCCCAAACAUCUUUCGCUAUGCCCAAGUCACUCCUCGCCAAAGAUGCUGAUCUCUCCUACCCUCUGAAGGAGUUCCAGCCUCUCCUCAAGGGACUCCCCGAGUUUGAUGUCUCCGUCCACCCCAAUGAAGGUGUUCGUCCAGUCGCUGGUGCAGUCUUCAAGGCACCGGACAUGCCUUCUCCAGAUGUCGCGACCGUAGAGCAGACCUUCGUCGACGGCAUCCGUGUCAUCGUGGUCAAGCCUGCCAGAACCACUGGCAAGACCCCUACUGUCCUCUGGAUCCAGGGUGGUGGCUUCAUCAUCGGCACUCCUGAGUCCCGCAUGCCCAUCAACAUCCAUUUUGCAAAGGCCGGGUUCGCCACCGUGCUUCUCGAGUACGGCCUCUCCCCUGAGGACCCCUGGCCCACUCCCCACAACCAGGUGUACCGCAUCUGGCAAUGGCUCACCAGCACGGAGGGCCUCUCCUUCGUCAAUGCCGACCCCGAGCGCCUCGUGUUCGCCGGCACGUCCUGCGGCGCCAUCCUCGCCGAAAUCGCCACCAUCCGGCACAAGCAGGAGAACCCCACGGGCAUCCAACCGCGCCUCGUCCUGCUCGACAACCCCAUCCUCGACAACCGCCCCGAGCUCUACCCGUCCAUGGACCAGGAGCACCCGCUCUCGCCCUCGCCCUUCUGGACCGCGAAGAACAACACGGACGCGCUCUACUGGCUCAAUGCGCCCUCAAACUGGGAAGGCUUCCCCGCCUACGCGUCCGAAGAGCAGCUGCGCGGCCUGCCGCCGCACCACAUCGCGAUCGCGGAGAUCGACUGCAUCCGCGACGAGGCGAUCGUGUUCGCGCAGCGGCUCAUGAAGCUCGGCGUGCGCAUGGACAUGCGCCUCUACGCCGGCACGACGCACACGUACUCGGCCAUGUUCGAGACUCCCGCGGCACACAGCACGCGCGAGGACUACGUGCAGAUCUGCAAGCUCGCGUUCCGGGAGUUGUAG